GGGGUGAGACGGCGCCGCGCGGGUAAAGGGGCCGCCUCGAGCGUGGUCCCUGCUUUCUGCGGUCCGCGCCGCCUCGCUCUUCUGACUCGUCGUCGCCCCUCCCCCGCUCGUCGCCGUCACCCGGGAAACGGGCCGCGAUCGCCGGCCGACCCGAAGCUGGUUUCAUGGCAGCCGCGAAGAAAGCAGUUUUGGGGCCGUUGGUAGGGGCGGUGGACCAAGGCACCAGUUCCACGCGCUUUUUGGUUUUUAAUUCAAAAACAGCCGAGCUACUUAGUCAUCAUCAAGUGGAAAUAAAACAAGAGUUCCCAAAAGAAGGAUGGGUGGAACAAGACCCUAAGGAAAUUCUGCAGUCUGUCUAUGAGUGUAUAGAGAAAACGUGUGAGAAACUUGGACAGCUCAAUAUUGAUAUUUCCAACAUAAAAGCUAUUGGUGUCAGCAAUCAGAGGGAAACCACUGUCGUCUGGGACAAGUUAACUGGAGAGCCUCUUUACAAUGCUGUGGUGUGGCUUGAUCUAAGAACCCAGUCUACCGUUGAGACUCUUAGUAAAAGAAUUCCAGGAAAUAAUAACUUUGUCAAGUCUAAGACGGGCCUUCCACUUAGCACUUACUUCAGUGCAGUGAAACUUCGUUGGCUCCUUGACAAUGUGAGAACAGUUCAAAAGGCUGUUGAAGAAGACAGAGCUCUUUUUGGGACCAUUGAUUCAUGGCUUAUUUGGAGUUUGACAGGAGGAAUCAAUGGAGGUGUCCAUUGUACGGAUGUAACAAAUGCAAGUAGGACGAUGCUUUUCAAUAUUCAUUCUUUGGAAUGGGAUAAAGAGCUCUGCGAAUUUUUUGGAAUUCCAAUGGAGAUUCUUCCAAACGUCCGGAGUUCUUCUGAGAUCUAUGGCCUAAUGAAAAUCUCUCAUAGCCUGAAAGCCGGGGCUUUGGAAGGUGUGCCAAUAUCUGGGUGUUUGGGGGACCAGUCUGCUGCAUUAGUGGGACAAAUGUGCUUCCAGGAUGGACAAGCCAAAAAUACGUAUGGAACAGGCUGUUUCUUACUAUGUAAUACUGGCCAUAAGUGUGUAUUUUCUGAACACGGCCUUCUGACCACAGUGGCUUACAAACUAGGAAGAGACAAGCCAGUGUAUUAUGCAUUGGAAGGUUCUGUAGCUAUAGCUGGUGCUGUUAUUCGCUGGCUAAGAGACAAUCUUGGAAUCAUAAGAACCUCAGAGGAAAUCGAAAAACUUGCUAAAGAAGUAGGUACUUCUUAUGGCUGCUACUUCGUCCCAGCAUUUUCAGGAUUAUAUGCACCUUAUUGGGAGCCCAGUGCAAGAGGGAUAAUCUGUGGUCUCACUCAGUUUACCAAUAAAUGCCAUAUUGCUUUUGCUGCAUUAGAAGCUGUUUGUUUCCAAACCCGAGAGAUUUUGGAUGCCAUGAACCGUGACUGUGGAAUUCCACUCAGUCAUUUGCAGGUAGAUGGAGGAAUGACCAACAACAAAAUUCUUAUGCAGCUACAAGCAGACAUUCUGUAUAUCCCAGUAGUGAAGCCCUCGAUGCCUGAAACAACUGCCCUGGGAGCUGCCAUGGCAGCAGGGGCUGCAGAAGGAGUAGGCGUUUGGAGCCUGGAUCCGGAAGAUAUGUCAGCUGUCACCAUGGAGCAGUUUGAACCACAGAUCAAUGCUGAGGAAAGUGAAAUUCGUUAUUCUACAUGGAAGAAAGCUGUGAUGAAGUCAAUGGGCUGGGUUACAAGUCAGUCUCCUGAAAGUGGUGACCCUAGUAUCUUCUGUAGUCUGCCCUUGGGCUUUUUUAUAGUGAGUAGCAUGGUAAUGUUAAUCGGAGCAAGGUACAUCUCAGGUGUCCCGUAAAUAAUACCAACUCAUGGAUUCCCAAGAAGCGAGCUUUAUACGCAACAAGAGAAUCCAGCAAUUCUGCCUCUUAAUGUGGUGGCACUAUUCAUAGACUCUGAUUUUAUUUAUAAGCCACUUGCUGCAUGACCCUCCAAGUAAACAGGUGGCUUGAAAUAAAGAAAAUGCAGCAGAAAGAAUGCUAUAGAAACAUUUGGUGUGUUUUUUAACAUCGAUAGUUAAGGUUGGGCUGGCUAUCUUUGGGGCUGACCCCCUCCAUUGCCAUAAUAUCCUGCCCCAUUCCCUCUAAGAUCUAGGAAGAAUUCAGAUCCUGUCCAUGGAAUCCUUCACCCAACAUUUUCAAAUGCUAAUGGACCAGGAUUUGAUUCUCUGAAAUAUGCACACUUGAUUCAAAUGUUAUAUUAACUAACUAAAAAAGGAGGGACUUUUUGUUUGUUGUUAACAGGUUCAGAAGUCCUCUUUUCUACAUGUUAGCAAGACCACAACAUCUUCAUUGAAUGUUUAAUGGAAACGUCUCCUAAAUUCUUGAAAUCAAAAUGUAAUACUUUAUAGUUUAGAUAUUUUCCUGAAGAGUAUUUGCCAAACCUGAAAUUCUUCAGACAUUUUACACAGUCUUACAAAUUAUACUGAAUUGCUGUCUGGAUCUUAUAGGGAAGGAUAUAUUUGUUCCUUCUUUUUUUCUUUUCAUCUUUCCUUUUUACAUUUUUUACCUUGUAUGUGUAACAUACAUGCCUAUAUGUUUUAUAUACUGAGGGUAGCCCAUUUAUAAAUGAAGAGCACAUUGUAUUCAGUAGGUUAUAAUGGGGCUUGUCCAUUAUGGUUCAUUAACUGUACCAGUAUGUAUAUAAAUAUUUUGGGGAAACACCUGUAUACAUUUUUGCCAACGGUUAAACAAUACUAUUUACCAGAAAAUAAACUUUUUCUUAAAGAGCCAGCAUUUAAAAUUUAAAAAUAAAUAAAUAUAUAUAUUCAUUCUAUGUCAAGAAAAGAAAAUGUACUUUAUUGUGACUUCAACUAUAUUUCUUAUACCUUACCUUUUUAUUUAAUUAUCUGAGUUGGAUAAUUGCUGAGAAAAAAAAACUGUGGAAUACGCCAGUAAACAUUAUUUUCAAACAGAAGUACUCAUCCAAAUAAUGUUUUUUCCCCCUUUGAAUUAAUUUUAGACAUAUCUGGGAUCCUUUUGGGGGAUCAGAGUUUGUCAAAAAAGAUAAAACACCUAAGUAGAAAAAAAUCAUAAUUAGAAAUCAAGCCAAGACUCUCAAUCCAAAUACAUUAUCAACUGCUGGUAAGGAAAUUAUAAUUUCUAUUUGAGAUGACAGAGAAUUUUCUCUGCUUAUUGUCAUAUUACAACUGAAAAAGGCUUCCUGUUAGAAAUGCCUUCCAAUGAAACCAAGAUUUAUUGAAAAUAUUUAGUAUUACAUGAAUAUAGUAUUACAUGAAUCUACCUAAUCUAGCUUCUUAGCAUCAAUUUUUAAAAUAUCUUUAAUUUUUUGCUUCUUUAAUACAACUAAGAAAAUAGUGCCUCCUAAUUAAUUUCUUCAAGCAGUGCUAAAAAUAGGAAAAUAUAAAAGCUUUUGUUUUGUUUGGAAUUUUGUUUGCAGUUCUGAUUGUGCUGUUUGUAAAUUAGUCAGUCUGCUGGUUUUUAAAACGUAGCUGCCACUUAAGUAACAAAUAUUAUAAAGGUACUGUGAAUUAUUACUUGGUCACAGAGGUAUUUUUUAACAUAAUUACAUUUCUACAAAUGCAGGUUGAAUUGUAAAUAAUUGUGAAAAUAAUUUUAGGGUUAUGUUAAUUUUUCUACAAAUUGCAAGAUUUAUAAAUUAUAUUUGAAAUUAUACAUGUUGAUAUCUAAUGAUAAAUUUACUUAAAAUAAAUUGGCCCCUCAUUC